AUGGCCAUGAACUACAUUGCUAAUAUUCCAAAACUAAAAGGGCGCGAAAACUACGAGGAUUGGUGUUUUGCAGUGCAAAAUGUGUUGGUGUUAGAAAACAUGGCGCAUGCUAUCGCCGAGAAGCUACCCGCUUCACCUACGACUAGCCAGAUCAAUGAAGACGCCAAAGCUAAAGCAAAAUUAGUGUUGACAAUUGACCCAUCACUUUAUGUGCAUAUUAAGCAUGCAUCAACAACCUUUGAUUUAUGGAUCAAGUUGAAGAAAAUGUUUGAUGAUACCGGCUAUACAAGGAAAAUAGGCUUGUUACGCAAGCUCAUCAGCAUACGGCUUGAUAAUUGUGAUUCGAUGACCCAGUAUGUAACCGAAAUUGUAGAAACGAGCCAGAGAUUACAAGGUACGGGCUUCAAAAUUACGGAUGAAUGGAUAGGAGCAUUAAUGUUAGCAGGAUUACCCGAAAAAUAUAGUCCUAUGUUAAUGGCAAAGAGUAUAAUAAUAUAA